CCCGAAUCUGUGCUUGUGCCUGGCCAUCAUCACAUCUCGAUUGAUAAUCAUCCACUUUGAUCAUGCUCUAAACUCCUCCCAUCACUUGCUAUGUCGACCAUGUAUUCUGGGCUCGUUUGGGCCCUUCCCUUCGUUCUUCUUCUAUUCACAAUUUCCGUGACCUCUGAGCACACAUCGAACUGGGCCGUUCUCGUCUCUACCUCACGCUUCUGGUUCAACUACCGCCACCUCGCCAAUGUCCUCUCUCUCUAUCGCACCGUUAAGCGGUUGGGGAUUCCCGACUCGCAGAUUAUCCUAAUGCUCCCCGACGAUAUGGCCUGCAACCCCCGCAACGCUUUUCCCGGAACCGUUUACAGUAACGCCGACCGCGCAGUCGAUCUUUAUGGCGACAACAUCGAAGUCGACUAUCGCGGUUACGAAGUCACCGUGGAGAAUUUCAUUCGCCUCCUGACCGACCGUCUCGACGAAGAUGUGCCCCGCAGCAAACGGCUGGGUUCCGACGCAGGAAGCAACGUUCUGGUAUACAUGACCGGCCACGGGGGCGACCAGUUCCUGAAGUUCCAGGACUCGGAGGAGAUCGGGGCAUGGGAUCUGGCGGAUGCCUUUGGUCAGAUGUGGGAGAAGAAGCGCUACCAUGAGCUUCUGUUCAUGAUCGAUACUUGCCAGGCCAACACCAUGUAUACGCAUUUCUACUCGCCCAACAUCAUCGCUACCGGAUCGAGUGCGCUCGACCAGUCCUCGUACUCCCACCAUGCGGACAGCGACGUGGGUGUCGCGGUGAUUGAUCGGUGGACAUACUAUGUGCUGGAGUUCCUCGAAACGCAGGUCACGAGUGCGAACUCGAAGCAGACUCUGGGCGACCUCUUCGAUUCUUACGAUGAGUCUAAGAUCCAUUCCCAGCCGGGUGUGCGGUGGGAUCUCUUCCCUGGCGGCGAGCAAGAGGGUCGCCUGCGGACGGUGGUGGACUUCUUCGGAAAUGUCCAGAAUGUCGAGGUUGAGAAUGUCAAUGCCACUGAGCCGGGCUCCCUCAAAGAGGACCUCAUUGAGAUCGCCCGGCUGGUCGAGAAAUGGCGCACACACGACCGGGACAUGUUUGCCGGGCACAAUGAUUCGCUUCUGCAGGAGGGGGCAACCGUUUCACGUCCGGAGUCAGACAUGCAUCAUCAGGUAUUCCCGCAUCACACGGUCAAGAUGAAGGUUGGACCCGCGAGGAUGACCGAGGAGUCCACCUGGGAGAAGCGGUUCAUUGGAUUGACUGUGCUUGGUGCAUGUGCUGCCGUCUGGCUCGGCGGCUCGGUUCUAGGCGCGAGCCCUGCUUGAUUUGAGAUGUUGUAUAGCGUGUAAAGCGUGUGAAGUUUUUCGUAUAUUCAAUUGGUGUUCAUGCUCACUAUACCUAAGCUCGUUCAAUUUUAAUCUCCUUCUCUUUUUCUAUCACAAAAUUA